AUUCUGGAAAACGAAAUGACUCAGGUCUCUAUCGACAACUUCAAAGACAUUAAACAGUUGAAAAUUCUGUAUAUGCAGUACAACAAGAUGAGGGAGAUUCCAUAUGGUUUUUUCGAUAUGUUGAAGGAUAUACAGCGAGUGAGUCUCGACACAAAUCUGAUGUGUUGUCAUAUGCACAAGGAGGACGCUGACUGUGCUUUCACAUACAACGACGACUUUGCCAACUGUGAGAGCAUGUUUAAGAAUUCUGCCCCAAGGAAGAGUAUCUGGGUGAUAGGAGUAUUUUCUCUGGUUGGUGCAGUGUUUGUUGUCACUUGGCGAGUGAUCUUUAAAGAAAAGAACGUGGUUCAGUCCAUCAUGUUGCUCCACUUAGCAGUGUCCGAUGGUUUGAUGGGUAUUUACCUGAUCUCUCUUGGCACUAAAGAUCUGUUGUGGAGAGGAGAGUAUUACUUGCAUGACUUCCAGUGGAGGUCUGGUUUGUCUUGUCAAAUAAUUGGAGCGAUCUCCCUUCUGUCAAGUGAGGUUUCGGUUAUGAUGAUGACACUGAUAUCUGCUGAUCGGCUUAAAAAUAUUGUGUUUCCUUACCAAGGUGCUUCUCUGAAACCAAAGGCAACACAUAUCCUGUGUAUCAUCAUAUGGGCAAUUGGCUUCCUUAUGGCCUUUUUGCCUAUGUUUGGUAUUCAGUAUUUUGAAGACCCAUUCAGGUACCAUAGUUACUAUGGUAGAAGUGUGGUAUGUCUGCCCUUGCAGCUUACUUCUGAUAAGCCGGCAGGUUGGGAGUAUUCUGUUGCUAUCUUUCUUGCUUUGAAUUUUGCUUUUUUCUUGUUCAUCAUGGGUGCUUAUCUCAUGAUACUAGUCAAGUCUUACUUGUCUAGCCGGCGACUGGCCCGUCAGGGUACUGAAAGAGAGAUCCAGGCCAGAAGAGCAAACUUUAGGAGGGAAACGGCUCUUGCAAGGCGGGUGUUCUUCAUCAUCCUGAGUGACUGUGUGUGCUGGAUGCCGGUGAUAGUGAUUGGUAUGAGGACCAUCAUCGAGAAGUCGUACAAAGCGCAAGGGGACCUCGCUGUCUGGAUCGCUGUAUUUGCCCUUCCGAUCAACUCGGCCUUGAAUCCUAUCUUGUACACCUUGUCAACAGAACAGGUCAGAGGCAUUCUGAAGAACAAAAUGGAAAAAGUCUGGAACUACUUGAAGACCGUUUUCACCUGCUGUGGUUGGGAUCAGGAAGGCCAAGGAGAUGGGGAACAACCGAACCAACAGGGAAUAGAAGACGAUGGACAAAAUGGUGGCGAGGGAGGAGAAGGUGGGUGUGAACUAAUCGAACUGGUUCAUGUUGGUGUGCAUCAUCCCUUACUAGGCCAAGGAGAGGGAGAGCAAGUGAACCAGCACAGAAUGGAGGACAAUGAAGAACAUGGCGGCGAGGGAGGAGAAAUUGAGGGCGAAGAAAUUGAACUGGCAAGUGUUGGUAUGCAUCAUCCACAACAGGGCCAAGGAGAUGGAGAACAACUGAACCAACAGGGCAUGGAAGACAUUGAACAACAUGGCGGCUUAGGAGGGGAAGUCAAGGGUGUAGUUAUCGAACUUGCUCAUGUUGAUGUGCGUCAUCCACAACAAGGAGGACUUGAUGAAGCCGAAAGAAUCGAACCGGCACCAACUGGGUAUGCUGAUUCAAAUCAAGGAAAACGGAACAAGAGUUUGAAAAAAGGGGACGGUAAAUUCAGGCAUUCCACCGAAAAGAAAAAAAGGCGAAAAUCAAGAUUUUCAAUGCGUCGAAAGUCACCUUCGGCUACCGAGGCUGUCCAUGAAGAACACACUUUUGAAGAGGACACAAAACUGUAGGCAGUUUAACUCGAG